GGUGACUUUGCGCAGACGGGCCACGGCUGCAUCUGUCUGGCAGUGGCAUUGCAGCACGAUGCAGAGUGGCAGCAGCAGGUCAGAUCAGUCGGAUUCUGAUCAUGCAGGGGGAAGCUGCGCAGCCCUCGAACUUCAAACGCUCCUCAUUUGCACCUUCGACGUCCUACCAUAGGUAUCAAGGGGGCCCCAAGCAAGUGACCUUCAAUGUGGCACCACUUGCCGCAUCAGCGUCGGCUAUCCACGGUUUCCAUAACUCCAGCCUGGGGCUUGAUCAGAAUGAGCUGAAUUGCCGGUGGAAGCUUCUCUUGCUGCCAUCAUGUGUCAAUUCUUUUGGCACCACUCACCUCCGGUGCUGCUUCCAUAGAGCCAGGUUGUUCAGGCCCAGCUCUGACUUUCCCUAUGGCUUCUUUCAAAGACUACUUGGUUGUGGAGGGUGGCGCUGUCCAAAAUGAAGGAGAGUUGCGCCCAGAGUCGCCAGCUUCGAGGGAAUCAGCAGCAGACCGGUCAAAGUUGGACAUGGAGACGUCAGUCUCUUUUCAGGUCUAUGAUGCAGAACCGCAGCUCACUCCACCAGAUUGGUUCCAAAACCAGGGGGAUGCAAACACCACUCCCGAGCUCAGCUUGGUUAACGGGCUGCCUGAAGCUGCAGCACCUGCGAUGGAGGACGAAGAGGGGGGCUCUCUGUACAACCUCUUAGUCCUGUCCAUGGGUUUCUUCUUCAUGUUCAGCGCUUACAACACUCUCGGGGAAUUUGUCACUUCAGUGUUGCCUGAUUCGCUGGGUGACAAAUCGAUGCUGCUCAAUAGUUUCGUACAGUCCGUAGCUGUCUUUGCCGCCCCCGGCGUGGUAGCAACUACCGGCGAGGCACGUUCAAUGGCCUUGGGUGGCCUUACCUAUGUUGUAUAUAUAUCCAGCUUGAUAACAGGCCUGCCAACGGCCGUGCUGACAGCCAGUGCGUUGCUUGGCUUGGGCUCCUCGAUUGUGUGGGUUGCGCAGGGGAGCUUUCUGACUCGAUGCUGCCCGGCAAAGCUGCGCGGGGCAUACAGUGGAGUGUUCUACUGCUUCUAUUUCUCUUCCAACAUCUUGGGGAACGUGGCAGCCUACUAUGCCUUCAAGCUGUUGAAUCUGCAGACCAUGUUCUCCCUGUUUGCGGUGGUUGCCAUGCUGGGCGUGCUUGUCCUGCUCCAGCUUGUGGAGUUCCCGGCCACAUUAGCCAUAGCAAACCCACAGGAGGAAGAAGAGUCUGCCCUCGACCAAUGCAGCGGCAGUGAGAGCGAGGGUGCAGAGUCUGAAAGUGAGCUUGAUUAUGCUGAGGAAUACGUGGAGGAGGAGCCUGAUGUCCAGGCCGGUGAGAGCGCCGAGUCGCUACCUGACAGCAGGCGGGAUAACAGCCCGCAGUCUCGAGUGACCACACUGCUAAUCUACAGCCUGCUGGCACCCAUGAGCUUCUACACCGGCUUUGAGGCUUCGUUCUGGUCGGCCCAGUUCACGAAACUGAUUCCUCCCGAGACGAUUGGACUGGUCCUUGCUGUGACCGGCAUUGGGGAGGUGAUUGGCGCUCUGGGGCUCGGCAUGGUGUCCGAUUGUUUCGGACGGCGGGCUCCCACCUUUAUCGUGGGCUCCCUUAUGUUUCUCUACGGGCUCUACCUCUGCAUACCCCUCUACGAGGCGGCCAAGCUGGAUGAGCUCCUCGAGCCCACGCUCCUCGGCGCUCCCGUGGUGGCCUACAUCAGCGGCUUUGCGUUUGGGGUGGGCGACGGGGUCUUCAAUAGCCACAUGUUCACUGUCAUCUCGAGCCUCUUCUCUCCCGAGGACUUGGAAGCGUGGGCUCUGUUCAACCUCCUUGGGACCCUCGGUUCGGCAGCGGCCUUUGCGUACGGCAUUGCGAAGCCAAUGGAUGGACCCGGCAGAAGCUUGACGCAGGUUUACACUCAAGCAGGUAUUCUUAUAAUAGGUACGGUCUUGUACGUGGUAGUUGACACGUUACUGGUGCAUUGGCAGCGGCAAGAAAGUUCAGACGACAACAAGAAAGAUAGUUGACACGUGUUUCAUAAUCUUUCAGUCAUCUGGUGCAAUCUUGCGGUUGCGCUGGCGUGGCUGAAUAAACGAGCUGCCGAAGGAGUCCAAUAUCUCUUUUAGCAGGCAAGUGCUUGCUUGGAUGAACUAUGCUUCUAUGCAGCUCGGAUCUCACAGUUAGCAUUAGGACUGAAAACAACGGUACAUAGCACUUCCCUUCCUGCCCAAACGAUUAAGCGAACGGCUGAAAUAGCCGGUGGUCUAGGUUGCAAGCAUCCGUCCCCAUGUGAUUGUUUUGCAUAGCGUAGCCAUUUAGCAACUUCAAUAAGCUGCUUGCUAACCAUAUAAUACUUGCAUGCAAAGGAAACAAUUGUCACUAAGAUGCAGGAUCAGACAGGACCGUCGAUUGUUGCAUGCUAAAACGUAAAGUAGAAUGAUUGACCUCGUCGGCAAUUAGUUUCUAUCUUGAAGGAUG